AUGGGGCGGCGCCGCGUUGGUGGGAACUCGCGUGUGCUGCGCAAAAAGAAGCUUAAACUGUCCAAGCGGACUUCCACGGUAGAUGACAUUUCCGCGGUGGUCGCCGCAGCUGCGGGCGUGAAGAAGACCACACAUUUACGACUUAAAAGGUCUGGUAGCCGGGUAUCGUCGGGGAAGCAGCGGGCUGCCGCACUGGAGGCGUUGCAAAAACAGCGCAGUCAACUGCUGAAGCAGCAGGCCGCCGAGCGCAUGGUGCUAAAAGAGCACACGAGGGAGUUGGAGGCACGCCGGCAACGGAUACGCAAAGGUGAGAACGCAAAGAUGGAGCGCCGGGAGCUGGGGAAAUACAUCCGUCAGCUAAGGGAGGAGCAGAAGGCGAAGCACCACUCGGAACUCGCUGCCGUUGAGGAGGCGGUGAAGAAACACGGCGGUAAGAAGGCGUCCGACAUGAAACGUGACGCCGAUGAAUGGGAGGACGUGGAGGAUGACUCGGAGGAGUUUGACGAGGACGAGCUGCAGGGCAUGUUUGCCCACUUGACCACCUAG